AUGACGAAGAAAGGCAACCCUUUAGGAAACCCACCAGCUGCUUCUUCAAGCGACGACGACGACGACGAAGCCGAUUCUUCUGCUGGAGACGAAGAAGAAGUUAAUGAUUCUUCAUCAGAGGAGGAAGAAGAAGAAAACCAACCCAAACCCCCUUCCUCCUCCGCCAAGACCGAUUCCGAAUCUGAUACCAAGAAGGAGAAGUCUCCGCCGCCAGCAACCAAAUCGGGGACGAAGUGGCCCAGCGAAGGGAUAUCAAAGGAGACGAACUCAAAGCGAGCGAAGAAGGACGAUGAGAAGAAGAUCGGCGAAGAUUCCAAGAAGCCUGCUGCUUUUCAGAGACUGUGGACCGAAGAAGACGAGAUCGCUGUCUUACAAGGAAUGAUCGAUUUCAAGAAGGAUACUGGGAACUCUCCUUACGACGACACCAACGCUUACUACGAUUACAUCAAGAAAUCCAUUAGCUUUGAGGUUAGUAAGAACCAGUUCAUGGAUAAGCUCAGGAGUUUAAAGAAGAAGUAUAUGGGCAAAGAGAAGCCUUCUUGUUGGGUCUAA